AUGACGAAGCAACAGAUUGUCGAACAUCAUCGUAUCAAGCGCUUCCCUCCCCACUUCAGUCGUCCGAACCUUCUCCACGUUCCCCAUCGCAUUGGAAGUCGUAUCAAGAACAAAGGCCAAUCCCAAUCAGGUUAUUCUACUCGUUCGAAACACCUUCCGGGAUAUCUCAACGCGGAAACUGACUUGGGCACGAUCCCAAAUCCUGAUGAGGCUCCGGGAUACGUCUAUCUUCGCGCACGAAUGCUUCACUCGCCAGGUUUGUAUGAUGUUGACGUCGAUUAUCAGGACAGCAAUGUCGAAGCCAGCAUACUUGGCCAUCGUCGAAUAUGCACCCAAAAAACCUCCCAUCGUCUUUGUUCCCUCACGUAA